AUUAGUGCAGACUCUGCAGACAAUUAUUCUGUUAUUACUCCACAACAUAAACAAAUCUGACGAACUUAUUACAUCUAUGCUACGUUAGCUGUUAAUACACCUAACUCCACCUCACACUCUUCAGUUUGCACUCACACACUUAUUCAAUUUGCUUCUCAUACCUUCUCCAUUACACUGUUUUCUUUCUAUCCAUUAACAUAGAUCCAAUAUUUACUCCCUUCAGCUUAAGCAAAAAGGGUCAGGUUUGCGAUAUGUGGACUUUCCAUUUUGAGAAAAAUGUGGUUACUGUAAUUGGGUUUGCAAAUCAGUGGAUGAAUUUGAUUUAAAGGUUCAUGGGUACUGUUAUUUUGACCUCAGAAUCUAAGCAUUUCUCCUAAACUUGAAGGGGUUUCUUGAAUUUUCAUUUUUUCGAGGACAAUCACAAUACUGACAGUAUAGUGGCUUUCAAUCAGUUGAAGGUUUCCUCAUGAGAAUCUACCACACCAAUCAACUGCUACAUUAUCUUUUUGUUGUAGCAACUCUUCUUCCUCUGUGCCUUGGUGAUCUAAACUCGGACAAACAAGCCCUUCUUGACUUUGCUGCGGCAGUCCCGCAUGGCAGGAAGAUCAACUGGAGUCCAGCCACUCCUAUCUGCUCAUCUUGGGUAGGCAUUACUUGUAGUAAUGAUGGGGCCGAUGUUUUGGCUGUACGACUUCCAGGAGUCGGACUCAUUGGUCCACUUCCAGAAAAUACUUUUGGGAAGAUGGAUACCUUAAGGAUUAUCAGCCUUCGAUCCAAUCGUCUCAGCGGAAACCUUCCAUCUUCUAUCACUUCACUUCCUUCUCUCCAGUUCCUAUUCGUACAGAACAAUAACUUAUCUGGACCUAUUCCUGCUUCUUUUUCAAAUAAACUGAAUGUUUUGGACCUUUCUCAUAAUUUCUUCACUGGUAAGAUUCCUGGAACAAUUCAGAAUUUGUCUCAGCUAACUGGUUUAAGCCUUCAGAAUAACUUGCUUUCUGGACCCAUACCCAAUAUUACUCUUCCAAAGCUAAGACAUUUAAAUUUAAGCCACAACAAUCUUAAUGGUUCUAUUCCAUUAUCCCUCCAAAAGUUUCCAAAUUCUUCCUUUGCGGGGAACUCAUUCUUGUGUGGACUACCCUUAAAUCCUUGUUCCCCUGUUCUACCACCAUCCGCUUCCCCUUCCCCACCUGCACCUUCCCCAAACACUCACGAAAAAAGCUCAAAGAAGAAACUUAAACUAGGAUAUAUCAUCGCUAUUGCUGCUGGAGGGGCUGUGCUGGUCUUGCUGCUAGUUCUGAUCCUGAUUUUUUGCUGCCUGAAAAGGAAAAGGGGUGAAAGGAGAGGUGCGCUGAAAGGGAAAUCUUCGAGUGGAGGAAGGAGUGAAAAGCCGAGGGAAGAGUUUGGUAGUGGGGUUCAAGAACCUGACAAAAAUAAGCUGGUUUUCUUUGAAGGGGUCUCUUACAAUUUCGAUCUCGAGGACCUAUUGAGGGCCUCAGCUGAAGUACUAGGAAAAGGGAGUUUUGGAACUGCUUAUAAGGCUAUUUUGGAAGAGUCAACGACAGUGGUGGUUAAAAGAUUAAAAGAAGUCAUUGUAGGGAAGAAAGACUUUGAACAGCAGAUGGAAAUUAUUGGUAGAGUUGGACAGCAUCCGAAUGUUGUUCCUUUACGUGCUUAUUAUUACUCCAAGGAUGAGAAGCUACUUGUGUAUGGUUAUUUCUCAAUGGGCAGCUUGUCAAUGCUCUUGCAUGGAAGCAGGGCUUCUGGAAGAACUCCACUGGACUGGGAGUCAAGAGUUAAAAUAUCUCUUGAAGCAGCAAAGGGGAUUGCGCACAUCCAUUCAAUGGGUGGUCCAAAAUUUACUCAUGGAAAUAUAAAGUCCUCGAACGUCCUACUCAAGCAAGAUCUGGAAGCUUGUGUCUCAGAUUUUGGUUUAGCCCCCAUAAUGAACUUCCCUGCAGCUCCAUCUCGUUAUCCAGGGUACCGAGCUCCUGAGGUGAUAGAAACCAGAAAGCAUAGUCAUAAAUCAGAUGUCUACAGCUUCGGUGUCUUACUACUUGAGAUGCUUACUGGAAAGCAGCCAAUGCAAUCACCGGGGCGUGAUGACAUGGUCGACCUUCCUAGGUGGGUCCAAUCAGUUGUCAGGGAGGAAUGGACAUCAGAGGUUUUUGACGUCGAUUUGAUGAGAUUUCAAAACAUUGAAGAGGAGAUGGUACAGAUGCUGCAAAUUGGCAUGGCAUGUGUUGCAAGGGUCGCCGAUAUGCGACCUAACAUGGAGGAAGUUGUUAGAAUGAUUGAAGAGGUCAGGCAAUCUAACUCUGAAAACAGGCAAUCUUCAGAGAGCAGAUCCUAGGACUCAAAUGUGCAGAUCCCUUGAUUCCUUCAAUUUCUGGCUUACAAUUUGUAAGUGCUGAGAAAUUCAUUUGAUUUUAUUA